GAGAUCAAUUAAGGUUUAGCUUGCUUAGUAACGUAUAUAAUGGUUAGUCAGUAAAAACUUCAUUUUGCCGCCAGAAUGGAUGCUUCUAAGCAAUCAUCUCGUGUUCUUGACAGGAAAGGAUAUUCUGCAGUGAACAAGUUUGAGUUGAUGUGCCUUGAGAACCAGGCUAAAGAUAACGGUCCUAAUGAAGAGAGAACAAGACUAUCCUUUCAGGUCCUGGAUGAUCUCAUUCCCAAGCUCGGCGUCUACACACGAAUCUUCGCUAAGGUCAAGGAUGACCUCUUCGCCUCAGUCUACAGUGAAAACUUGACAACAGACAAGGCUGGGAGUAUCACCCAGAUACCCUACUACACUCAAGUCCGACGUAUUUAUGACGAACAUGACGACAAACUUGAUGUCGUCACAGAACAGCUGGAUAUUGUUAAGCAAAGGUUAUUUGAGAAACACAAACAACUGGAAGAGAGCCAGCAGAAAGGUGCAGCACUAGAGGAACGGAUCGAAGAACUAAACCAACGACUUGUGAUGGUAGACAGUAUGCUUACUGAUAAAACAUCAGAAAUUGUCAGACUAGAAGAAGAACUCAAUGAGGAACUUGAGAAGAGUGCGCAGAUGCAAGCACGAUUUGAGGGUGAUAUAGAGGAUCUCCGGGAAUCUCUAGAGGAAGCUCACGGAGAAAUAGAGUACCUGUCUCGAUACAAAAAAGGCUACGAUGAUCUGUACAACGCAUUUCUUGACCAACCUGAAAUGGACGAGUUACCCAAAAAGAAUCAUCGGCCCGUUAUAUCUACAAGAAGGGCUAACCUGAUGACUAACAUUGAGGCUGCCCAGCGACUGGAGGAACAGAUCAUGAGUGUGAUGAACACAGCUGUGGAAGAGUUUGACAAAUUCCUGGAGGAACAUAAGGAAGAAUUACAGAAGAUUGAGAUUCGGGACGAUCUGACGAAUGCCGAGUUUGAGGUCCAAGAAAUGGACAUUGAACAGGCUGACCAGGAGCUAGAGGCCAUGCAGGAGAGGUUCAGAAAUACAGUAGGAGAUAUCAGCAAUGAACUUCAGCUCCUCAAACAACAUGGCACAAUGUUGAUGGAGCAGCUACAGACCCUGGAGCAGAACAAACCCACGCUCGCAAAAAGAAACAGAGAAAGAUCCAAGUUCUCUGAUACAAACGUCCAGCCUGGUUUGGGGAAAUCAGACUCCAUUUUGUCUGUUGGUCUCCAUGACACCGAGGGCGACGAGGAGGGAGAUGCAGAUCCGUUUAUCCCCCAGGAGCGAGUGUUUGCUAAGUAUGCAGCCAUGCUCUACACCUCCAGUAACAUGGGAAAGUCCUUCGAUGAGUUCAAGGAUGCCAAGUUCUGUCCCAGCUGUGGAGAGAAGACUGUGAUUUGUCCACACAAAUUGCCCGGUGUCGACAAAGUGAUAAUUCUACCUCACAACACAUCUCACAUCAAGAUUACGCGACCGAAGGUCCGCAUCAACAAGGAACUCAUAGAUGAGAUGAUGAAACCGCGUAGUCCAGAACUGUCGUUUGACAUGCCAUCGACCGCCAUGUCCUACAGUCGUCCCCGUAUGGACAGUAGCGUGAUGACCAUUCAGACUCCGGCCACCUCAAGGGAGAGUCCAAGUCUAGUGGGCAGUGAGGCUCAUAUGGACGGUUUUACAGGCAGACCACAACAUACAAUGCACAGACUAUUUGAUGACUACAAGGAUAGGACCCAUUUGGAGAGAAGCAUUCCCCGACCACUCUCUCUGGAAAGAACCUUGUCACAGGUGGAACAGUUCUGGGCCUAUAUGAUCUGGACAGAUGAGAAUGGUGAUGAGAAUGACCUUCACCAUUCGACCUUGGACCACGUCUACCUGUUUAUGAGGGAGCGUUACAUCAUAGAGGACAUCAUGUUUCUAUGUGCACAUGACUUUCUGUCAUCUGUAGCAGAGUCUGGUGUUACAAACAAGACAGUGCAGGUGUUUGGCCAUAUCCUUGCUGGUAACCUAGAUGGGGCUGUGUUCCGCUAUGCCAUGUUGAUGUCAGACUUCAUACAAGCUGUGGAAUGGAAGGAAGUGGAGGACUUCCGUGCAUUUGCCUCAGUUGUCUACCCUUUCCUAGGGGAAGAUGAUGUUGAGACACUACAGAUGAGCUACACUUCCUUCAGUGAGAACAGAAUCUCAGAACAGCUUGUCUGCCAGUUCCUUAUGCACCUCAUCCUCAAGUACAGAGAACCAUGCUUCCAGGAGAUGGAGCACAAGAUCCUGCCAUUCCAGACACAGGAAAGCGGUCAGCCGACAUUGAACGAGAAAGAGUUUAAAGACGCCAUCGACGCCAUUGUUCCACUGGCCAGUGAUAAGCUGAGAAACAGACUUUUCUACGAGUCAGAAAAAGCUGUGAGGAUUGAUGGCUUCCAGGGGAAGGUCCCAAUUAUGAGACUUUCUCAGAUCUGUGGUUAUCUCUACCUACUCCAGAUUGCAAAUGUGACACGUGAAAAUGUGGCUAAUAAAGUCAUUCAGUGGAGAGAACGACCACAUAGCUCAGGCUCAGAAAAGAAAACCCAUGAGUUGCAAUUAGUUGAGACUGACGAGCCAUUGAUCACGAUGAUGUCCGUCAAAAACCUGGCCACAAAUAUCGCUAGGAGGACUAGAAUCCGACAGGAGAGAGUCGAAAAUCAACAGGACCUGGAGUGGUACAGUUAGGAACCGAAAAAACAAGGUAAAACGCGCGAGUUGUCUUGGAAACAGAGGGAACGAGGUUGGUCUAGAAACAGGAAACGGUGGGAUCGAAGAUGGCCUAGGAACCGGAAGCACUGUUAUAAGCAGACCUGCUUAUAGUGGAAACAUUGUAACUUGACCUGUGACUGAGUUUUCCGUUUCAUUAUUAAAUGGAGAUCACAAAUAUCAUAUUUGACAUGAAGUAUUGUGCUAUAUUUAGAUUUUGACUGAUUGUAACUGUAAUACAAAUAGUCUACACUGAUGAUUUGGAAGAAGUUUUAAACCUAUCAAAAGGAUGACAGUUCAAAAUUGUUCGAGUGGCUUUCAAUCUAAGAACAUGUAAUACACGCUUUAAAUUGAAUAUCUCAGUGUUAUAUAUUUUGUAUAUAAUCUACUUGUUUUCAGUUGACUACAGAUUGUUUAAGGCUAACUGUAUAUCAUCGUUUACAUGUGACAUAUUACAUGUCACUUGACAUUAACCUGCUACUACAGAUAAAUCAUCACAUUGGCUGAAUAUCGUACCUAUGUGUGGUACAAUCCUAUCAGGUUUUCAAGAUGGACAAGAGAGCAGUGAUAAUUUCAUUUAUUUUCAUUUACCUUUUUUACAGACUGUGAUAUUUAUUUUAAACACGAACUUUUUCCUGCUGUAAAAAAUAACUAUCUACAUGUAUCUGAAUGUUGAAUAAAUGUUAUUGUUGAAGAUAAA